AUGGGAAAAUGUGACGAAGCUAAUGUCGAAGUUAGUAUGGGGGACUCGGCGUCCCCCAUGAAACCUGAUAAUUUCACGUUCACUGUACCCCCGGAGGCGCCUGUGUUCGAGCCAACUCCUGAAGAGUUCCUGGAUCCAUUGGCUUACAUCAGUAAAAUAAGGCCAAUCGCUGAGAAGUCGGGGAUUUGUAAGAUCAAACCCCCCGCACACUGGCAACCACCAUUUGCUGUCGAUGUUGAUAGACUACGAUUCACGCCUAGAAUACAACGCUUGAAUGAAUUAGAGGCGAUCACUCGCGUGAAGUUGAACUUCUUGGACCAGAUCAUCAAGUUCUGGGAGUUGCAGGGUUCUGUUCUCAAGAUACCUACUGUUGAACGGAAGCCGCUGGAUUUAUAUGCAUUGCACAAAAUUGUGAAGGAAGCAGGUGGGUUUGAAGUAUGCUCAGCGGAGCGGAAAUGGUCGAAGAUUGCGCGACGCAUGGGCCAUCCACAGGGCAAGGGCAUCGGCUCCAUCCUGAAGAGUCACUACGAACGCAUCCUGUACCCCUAUGAUGUUUUCAAGAGCAGUGGUGUUGUGGGUGAUAACAAGGAAACUAAGAUCGAGGUGAAAAUUGAGCAAACACCCGAAAAAGUGACCGCAGCCACACGCAGUCGCUCUGCCAGCAAAUGCCCGGCGGCGGUGGCAGCAGUGGCAGCGGUGGCAGCUGCCACGCCGCCUCCCGCGCGCCGGUACAAGAGCUCCGAGCCUGAGCCCGAAGCAGAAGGCAGUCACACUGAGGGCGCGCUCUCCGGACUCGAUGAGGACAGGAAGCUGAGGACACCCAUCAAAGAGGAGAACCCUGAAACCAGGAGGAGUCCACGUGAGAACAAGUGGAUGUCCAGUGCUGUAGCGGGGUGUGGAGUGGUGCGAUCGCGGCGGCUGCGUGAGCACCGGCUCAGCAACAUGACGGUGUCCGUGACGCCUGCGCCCGCGCCGCCGCCCGCCACGCAUAACCCCGACGACCCGUUGGCGAAGUACAUGUGCCACGUGUGCGGACGUGGCGACGUGGAGGAGCAGAUGCUUUUGUGCGACGGCUGUGAUGACUCCUACCAUACCUUCUGCCUUGUACCUCCGCUCGCAGAUGUGCCAAAGGGCGAUUGGCGAUGUCCAGUUUGCAUUGCCGAGGAGGUAUCGAAACCAACCGAAGCUUUCGGCUUCGAGCAGGCAACCCGGGAGUACACAUUGCAACAGUUUGGUGAGAUGGCAGAUCAGUUCAAGUCAGAUUACUUCAAUAUGCCCGUUCACAUGGUACCAACAUCAACAGUAGAGCGCGAGUUUUGGCGCGUAGUUUCCUCAAUCGAUGAAGACGUGACUGUGGAAUAUGGAGCGGACCUGCAUUCAAUGGACCAUGGAUCUGGUUUCCCAACAAAAAUGAGUGCACACCUGUAUCCCGGUGAGCAACAAUAUGCGGAGUCCAGCUGGAAUCUCAACAAUCUGCCCGUACUUGAGGGCUCUGUUCUGGGACAUAUCAAUGCAGACAUAUCUGGAAUGAAGAUUCCCUGGCUUUACGUGGGCAUGUGCUUCGCAACCUUCUGCUGGCACAAUGAAGACCACUGGAGCUACUCCAUCAACUACCUGCACUGGGGCGAACCAAAGACCUGGUACGGGGUACCGGGCUCCAAAGCUGAACAGUUCGAAACGGCCAUGAAGUCGGAGGCUCCGGAACUGUUCCAGCUGCAACCAGACCUGUUACAUCAACUUGUUACAAUUAUGAACCCAAACAUACUUAUGAAGGCCGGUGUGCCUGUUUAUAGGACGGACCAGCAUGCUGGCGAGUUCGUCAUUACAUUUCCACGUGCUUAUCACGCGGGUUUCAAUCAAGGGUACAAUUUUGCAGAGGCGGUCAAUUUUACUCCAGCAGAUUGGCUAAAGAUGGGUCGCGAGUGCAUCGCACACUAUUCAACUCUGCGUCGAUACUGUGUCUUCUCUCACGACGAGUUGGUCUGCAAGAUGGCACUCGAAGCAGACUCGUUGAGUCUCACCGUUGCCCUGGCUGCCUACAGAGAUAUGAGGACGAUGCUGCACGAUGAGAGAAAACUUAGGAAGGGAUUGCUGGACUGGGGCGUGACGGAGGCGGAGCGCGAGGCGUUCGAGCUGCUGGCGGACGACGAGCGGCAGUGCCAGCUGUGCCACACCACGUGCUUUCUGUCGUGCGUCACGUGCGCCUGCACGCCGCACGUCGCCUGCCUGCGCCACUACGCGCGCCUCUGCACCUGCCCGCCGCAGCGUCACAAGCUGAGAUAUCGUUACACCCUAGAUGAACUACCAGCGAUGUUGGAGAAAUUAAAAAAGAAGUCGGAACUGUUCCGUGAGUGGGCGGAAGCAGUACAAAAUGCACUGGACCCUGAUACCCCCAAGACAUGUGACCUGGAUGGUCUACGGGCGCAUUUGCGACGGGCUCACGAACUUAAGAUGCACAAAACUGAGCUAGUUCGUGCUCUAGAAAUCGCAAUAGAAGAUGCUGAGAAGUGCGCAUCGGUGAUCCAGCAGUUGGACUUGAACAAGAUGCGAACCCGGACCCGUCAUCACGACCCGAAGUACCGGCUAACGAUCCACGAGCUGACCCUGUUCGCUGCUGAGAUCGACGGUCUGGCCUGUGUGUUGCCCGAAGGUUCAGCAGUAAAAGAAGUAUUAAGACAAACGGAGGAAUUUGAAGAUCGAGCUACAGACUUAUUAAGCAAGGAGUUGGAAGAAAUAGACAGUGGUUCUGUUCGGGAGUUGGAGGAGGUUGUAGAACUGGGCUCCCGUCUAUGCAUUGUGUUGCCACAACUGAGUGCUCUACAAGCCAGGCUACAGCAGGCUCGUUGGCUCGACGAAGUUCGGACGUUACGUGAAGAUUGUGCCGCGCUAACGCCACCCGUUUUAGAACGAUUGUUGACGGAUGCUGAUUCUGUGUUACCGCAUCGGAGAGUCGAACAAGAGAGAGCUGCGUUAUAUAAGCUUAGAGCACAAGUCGAAGAUUGGGAGCAAAGGGCCCAAGCAGUACUCAUUGACAACCGGGUUGAAGGUUCAAGCGAAGCGCAGCAUACAAGCCUGGCUGAACUAGAUGCUCUGCUGGCUGAAGGCGAUGAGAUCGAAGCGGCGUUACCCUCUCACCAUGCUCUGCACCAGGCUGUUGCACACGCACGCGACUGGCUCGCUAAGGUUGAAGAAAUGCAGUCUAAAGAUCUGUAUCCAUAUAUGCACAGUGUAGAGAAUCUUGUGAAACGCGGACAACAAAUACCUUUGGCUUUAUUCGAGAAGGACCAGUUGGCAGCUGCAUUGCAGUCUGCGAAAGAAUGGAAAAGAGGCGCAGCGGAAAUGUUUCUUAAAAAGAAUUGGCCGUACACCUUGCUGGAGGCGCUAUCGCCACGUGCGGAGGCGCCUGGUGCGGGUGUGGCAGGGGGCGCGGCGGGUGCGGGUGGCGCGGGGCGGCGGCGUGCGCGCGAGGCGGCGGGCGACGCGGGCGGCUUCCUGCAGCAGUUCAGCGAGGACGCCACGCCUACGGAGAUCGUGGCCGCCUUCAAGCACGCCGAGCAGCGGGAGCUCGCCGCCAUAAAGGACCUUAGGGCUCUUAACAUGCGCAAAGAGGUUCGUUCCGCUCCAACUGCCGGCGUAACGUUUUGCCUGUGCCAAAAGAGACAGUUCGGUGUUAUGUCACAAUGUGAACUCUGCAAAGACUGGUUCCAUGCUUCCUGUGUAGCGUCAGCAAAAGAGGAACGGGAAGACUCUCCAGACCGAGUUGAGUUGCCUUACCCGACCACUGAACAAAAGUUUCUGUGCCCUGACUGCAUGAGGACGAAACGGCCGAGGUUACAUCGUAUAUUAGCUUUAUUGGUUUGGUUGCAGAAGUUGCCAGUGCGAUUAGCAGAGGGCGAAGCUUUACAGUGUGUGACAGAACGAGCCAUGGCGUGGCAAGAUUCUGCCAGGGCGUUGCUGGCAGCUUUACCACACCAGCAACAACCUGAACACCGAAAGGAUGGCACUUCGCUUGCCUCCAGAUCGUCCGCAAGUGUAGAGCACGCGUAUAGUGCGACACCUAGGUCACUAAGCACAAGGCUGACACCAGGAUUAUUACAGAAGUUAGAAGACCUCAUGUUAGAAGGAGAUUUAUUGGAGGUGCGUCUAGAGGAGCAGGCGCAGGUGUGGAGCGCGGUGGCGGCGGCGCGUGGCGCGGAGGGACGGCGCGCGCGCGUGCUGGAUGCCGGAACAAGCACAACUAAGACAACAAUCAAGCGAGGCUCUGCAACGACGACCAACUAUUUAAAUAAGAAACAGGGAAUGUCGUCAGGAUCAGGGCUGAUGAUGAGAAAGCACUAUAUGGCGAGGCAGGAAAGACGCAAACGAGCAGCAUAUAAAACUGUAGAUGUGACCGCAGCAGGUGAGCGCGGCGGGGGUGCGAGCGGGGGCGGCGCGCGGCGCGCGGGAGCGGGCGGGGUAGCGGCUGCGGGCGGCGCGCGCCGCGCCAGCGUGUCGUCCACCUCUUCCUCCUCCUCCGACGAGGACUGCGCAGCCGACACCUGUCUGCGACCCACUGGCAAGGAAGUUGACUGGGUACAGUGUGACGGUGGCUGCGACCAGUGGUUCCACAUGCACUGCGUGGGGCUGAGUCGAGCUGCGCUCAGAGAAGACGACGACUACGUGUGCGGAGCCUGUGCUAGGGAGCGCCACUGA